CUACGAAAUGAACUUACUAUUUUCAAAGCAGUCCUCGUAGCCACAUCUCAUGUACGUCUCUCUUCUCAGUUGUCACUAGCUAGAUGUCAUAGUUACUAAUUCACUUCUUCGUCUUCUAUCUCUCCCUCUCCGUAACUUGAAGGUUAAGGAAGCAAAAUGAUGAGUUUGUGGUAUAUCAUUGUUGCAUUCGUGCUCUUUGCAUCUAUACUCAUUACUGCAAAGAACGCAAGAAAGACAAAGAAGAAUCUACCUCCAGGACCACCAAGACUUCCUAUAAUUGGUAACUUGCACCAAUUAGGAUCGAGACCUCAACGUUCGAUGUUCAAAUUAUCUGAACAAUAUGGACCUUUAAUGUCCUUGAAGUUUGGAAAUGUCUCUGCUGUUGUGGCGUCAACUCCAGAGACGGUGAAGGAAGUCUUAAAAACGUUUGACCUAGAAUGUUGUUCGCGGCCUUAUAUGACUUAUGCUGCAAGAAUCACAUACGGUUUAAAAGAUCUCGCUUUUUCUUUCUAUACCAAAUAUUGGAAGGAAGUACGGAAGAUGACGGUCGUUGAGCUCUACACCGCGAAAAGGGUAAAAUCAUUUCAACGUAUAAGACAAGAAGAAGUUGCCUCUUUUGUCCAAUUCAUGAAACAAUCUGCUUCAUUGGAGAAAGCAGUUAACUUGAACCGCAAGUUUGUGAAACUCACUGGGAGUGUGAUUUGUAAAGUUGGAUUUGGGAUCACUCUCAAAGGAAGCAAACUCGAGGAUGCGUAUGAGGAAGUCGUUCAAAAAACCUUGGAGGUGGUGGGGAGCUUUGCAGCUGCGGAUCACUUUCCAGUUAUUGGUAAACUCAUCGAUAGGGUAACAGGGUUACAUAGCAAAUGUGAGAAGGUUUUCAAGUUAUUGGAUUCAUUUUUUGAGCAAUCUAUAGAGCAUCAUUUAGAAAAUCCUAAUAUUAAAGAUGAUAUCAUUGAGUUGCUCCUCAAGAUGGAAAGAGGAGAGACUGGACUUGGAGAAUUUCAACUUACUCGAGACCACACCAAAGGAAUCCUGGUGAACAUUCUUGUUGCUGGAAUAGACACUUCUGGCCAAACUUUGACAUGGGUGAUGACACAUUUGAUUAAAAACCCUAGAGUUUUAAAGAAAGUGCAAGCCGAGGUGAGAGAAGUGAUCAAGAACAAAGACGAUAUUGGAGAAGAAGAUAUAGAAAGAUUGGAGUAUCUGAAAAUGGUGAUUAAAGAAACGUUUAGGAUAAAUCCAAUUGUGCCACUACUAAUUCCAAGAGAGGCUUCAAAAGAUUUAAAGAUUGGAGGUUAUGACAUUCCAAAGAAAACAUGGAUCUAUGUCAACGUUUGGGCUAUUCAUAGGAAUCCAAACGUUUGGAAAGAUCCAGAAGCUUUCAUCCCAGAGAGGUUUAUGGAUUGCCAAAUUGAUUAUAAAGGUCUAGACUUUGAGUUGUUGCCAUUUGGUAGUGGAAGGAGAGUGUGCCCUGGUGUAGUAAUGAGUAUGGCUUUGGUACAUUUGACUCUUAUCAAUCUUCUUUACCGUUUCGAUUGGAAGCUUCCAGAAGGGAUGGAGGUAGAAGAUGUCGAUCUUGAAGAAUCUUAUGGACUUGUUUGUCCUAAGAAGGUUCCACUUGAGCUUAUCCCUGUCCUUACCCAAUGGAGUUGAAGUCAUUUCACUUUUUAAUUUCAUACUUCAAAAUAAGUAAUGUGAAGUUCUUAUAACAUUACUAUAUCAUAAAUAAUGUGUAGUGGUUAUACCAUUACCAUAUCAUAAAGAAUGUGAAGUUCUUGUAUCAUUACCAUAUCAUAAAUAAUG